AUGGUGAUGCCACGCCGCGGCGGCGGCCGGCAUCCAUCUGGUUGCAACUCGGGGGGGUUGGCGUGCGGCUGGGCGCUGAUCCGGGCUUUCCCCUCCAUCCACGCAGGGAAGACGGUGGUGCACCAGCUCUCGGUGUCGUUGGAGGACCUCUACAACGGCACCACGCGCAAGCUGUCCCUGCAGAAGAACAUCAUCUGUAGGAAGUGCGGAGGCUGCGGGGUACGGGAGGGCGCCCAGAGAAGGUGCCCCAAGUGCCACGGCUCGGGCAUGGAGGUUCGCAUUCACCAGCUGGGACCCAGCAUGAUCCAGCAGAUCCAGACGGUGUGUUCCCAGUGCCAGGGCCAGGGCGAGUGGAUCCGGCCUCGGGAUUGCUGCCUCACCUGCAACGGCCGCAAAGUCGUGCGGGAGAAGAAAAUCCUCAGCGUUCACCUGGAUAAAGGCAUGAAGGACGGGCAGAAGAUCACCUUCCACGAGGAAGGAGACCAAGUUCCCGGCCUGGAGCCCGGGGAUAUCAUCAUCGUUCUGGAUCAGAAGGAACAUCCCGUUUUCCGACGCAGCGGUGACGAUCUCAUCGUCAAGAGGGAGAUC